ACCACCCAUCGCCAUGAGCAUCCGGUACAUUGGCCAAAAGCUAGCCCAGCACAUCGACGACGAGCUCAUGUCGGCGUCGGGCGCCUUCAGCCUGGACCAGCUGAUGGAGCUCGCAGGCCUGUCGUGCGCGCAGGCGCUGGCCUGCGCGUACCCUCCCACCUCACACCGCCGCGUGCUGGUCUGCUGCGGGCCAGGUAACCAGGGCGGGGACGGGCUGGUCGCCGCGCGCCACCUGCACCACUUUGCAUACACGCCGACGAUCUACUACCCCAAGCCGGGCGCCAAGGAGAUCUACCAGCGCCUGGUGAAGCAGGCGCGCAACCUGGACAUUGCCGUGCUUGGGCCCGACGCCGACUUUGGCCAGGCGCUCGCCGGCGCAGACGUAGUGCUGGACGCGAUCUUCGGAUUCAGCUUCCAGCCGCCGGUGCGGGCGCCGUUCGACAAGGUACUGGACCUGCUGGCUGCUGCGCCGACGCCGAUCGUCAGCGUCGACAUCCCAUCCGGAUGGGGCGUCGAGGCCGGCCGCCAGCCGCUGUAUGCGUCUGACCCCUCGGCACCGGACGGAAAGGGCCGCGCGGUCGCGACGCUUGAUCCCGAGGUACUCGUCAGCCUCACGGCGCCAAAGGAGGGCGUCAGGGAGUUCAAGGGCCGGCACUACCUGGGUGGCCGCUUCGUCCCAGACGCGCUUGCAGCAAAGUACGAGCUCAACCUCCCGACAUACCCCGGCACGGACCAGGUCGUCGAGCUCGACCCCGGCCAAGGCCCCAAGCUCUAAAGCGUAUUAACAUUAACCCUGCAUG